AGGAGAAGGAGAUUGUAUAUAAAAAUCGCAUUUAAUAAAGCAAUGUUAGUGUAAUAAAAUGGCAGCGAAUUGCUUCUUGAGAGUAUCAGCACGGCUGAAGCAGAUUUCUCUUUUCUGGCUGAUUGUUUUACACAGUGAAGAACUACACGUACAGUCAAAUGAUGUGAGUUGCAUUGUCUAUAAUGAGGAAUUUAUGGAGUGCAAAUGGGACCACAUUGAUGAGGAAGCCAACUACACCCUGUUUUACUGGUAUCUUUCAAAACCCCGGAAGGAAUGCGGGAACUACAUCCAAGAAAAUGGCUAUAAUGUCGGUUGCUAUUUCUCAAAAGAAGAAAUUAUUGAGUUUGAGUACUUUAACAUUUACAGAAAUGGAUCCAGUAACUCAGGAAAAGUGUUGGCCUUAACUCAAACAUUCCAGCUACAGAACCAAGUGAAACUCAACCCACCUGGAAACCUGACGCUGAAUAUGUUUGAAAACAACGAGCUCCUUUUGACCUGGGACCCACCAGCAAAGCUACUGAAAUGUCAAAUGUAUGAAAUCCGGCACCGCAGUAAUAAGGAUAAAGAUUGGCAGGUGCAAGUCAUCAAUGCGCAAACAAAGUAUAUUUUGCCAAGUGUGGAUCCAAAGAAAUUCUACACCUUUCAGGUGCGAAGUAAGAUUAACCAGUAUUGUGCCAACGCUAAACUGUGGAGUGAGUGGAGCCCGGCUAUUCAGUGGGAAAAAAAUCUCACACAGUCAGGGAAAUCACAUGGAAAAUAUUAUUUGUGGGUCUUUUUGAUAGCUUUGGGUUUGUCGAUAAUUGUGUUGAGUCUGCUGAAGCUUAAAAGGGAUUCUACGAAAGAAAAUUGCCUCAAAAGUGAGAACUUCCCAUACAGCAAAUUGCUUCACUCUGUUUCUAAAGGAAAAGGAAUUAAUUCUUUUAUUAAGGUGAAUCAGCAUUAUGUCUUAUCAGUUUCUACUGUGGAGGAAUAUUGUUUUGAUUGAAGAGCAGCAAUAACCUGAAAGAAAGUCGGCAUCAUUCUCAAAGCAAUGAUAUUGUUCAUCUCACCAAUCGCACACUGAUUAUAAUUUACUGUGUAUUUUUAGCACUGCUUAUGAGGAGUGCCAUUACCAAGGGCCAGCAGUACAAAAAUAUAACCUAGAUAAAUGAAUAGAUAUUAUCUAAUUAAACCUAGAGUGAUCUUACCCAAAUCAAACAGCUAACUUAAAUUUAAAAAGCUUUGACCUCUCCAAACUAGCUUGCACAAUAUUAUCAUGUACCAUAAAUGAUGUUCACAAAUAAGUUUAUUUUAUAACAAUACUAAGAAUGUAAUUAAGGAUAGAUGUUUUAACAUAUCUAAUCAGCUAAUAAAAAAAAUCCA